CCGAGUGCGGUCUCUGUGUGGGGAAUAUUCAUCCAAGUGCAUCGUUACUAUUUAUUGAACAAAUAUCAAAUAUCUAUCCGCGCACCAUGGGCUGCAAUCUCUGCUUUCUGGUCACUCUCAUUCUUGUGUUCGGUUAUAGUUUCGGCCAAGAGCUGCCUCCUGUGGCCUGUCCUGAUAACUUUGCCUAUCUAAAACUCGGCGAUCGGUAUGUGGGACAGGUGUCCGUAGUCCUGAAUGGAUCCUAUACAGAAAACAAUCUGAAAGUCGAGCUCACCGUGCGGGGUGUGAGUGCUCUGAAAAACGUGGGAGAAAUCCAGGUAUCGGACAGCGGAGUCACCGUGAGAGAUAAACUAAUAAAAAAUGAGAAAAUCAAUUUCCAAAUGGACAUGUCCUCCAAGGACGUGCUGCCCAAGGUGCAGAGGAUCAUUGUCAACGGAGAAACCAUUUGCCAAGAUGUCCCGUAUGAACCACCUUUCACAUUGUUUACCAGAACAAUGAACUUCUAUACAAAAAGUCCGAUUCUGGCCAAGGACAAGGGAGAGGACAUCUUGGGUACUAAUUAGCAAACAAAAUAGUACGACCCAGACGGAAUAUAAAUAAGAAAUAAAUAGUAACUUUAUCAACACUUAAGUGGGGAAUUUGUGGCACCAACUAGGCUAAGGCCUAAAAAUAUAUAUUGUUUUUAAUU